AUGAUUCCAGAUGAAAAUAUUGAAGCCGCAAAGGAAGAGUUCAAAGACUUUAUCUUUGCUCGUUUCCACGGGGAUUCUCCGAGUAUGGGACAUGUAAUUGGAGUUGUUAAUGUUAUCUGGGCUCGUACUGGUCCGAGAAUCAUAGUCCACCACAUCAGCUCAGGUACUUUUCUCCUUCGUGUCUGUAACACCAGAACCAAGGAGUUUAUCUUGAGCAGGAAUCUUUGGAGCAUCGCUGGUUUUCCGAUGUUCGUCGCUCCCUGGUCACCUGAAUUCAAUCCGGAAGAACCGCCUCUCACUUCUGCGGUGGUCCCAGUUGAAUUUCGGGAUGUCCCUUAUUUGCUCUUUAACAAAGAAAGUCUCAGCCGACUAGCUACCGCGGUUGGAACUCCAGUUGCACUGUCCCCGGAAACAGAGCGUAAGGAGACACUCGAAGUCGCCAAAGUGUACAUCAGGGUCAAUCUCCUUAGUGAUCUUCCCUCAAGAGUGAUUUCUGGUUUUUCAAAUGGUCGUGAAGCUCUGAUUUCGAUCUCAUAUCCCUGGCUGCCACAGAAAUGUUUUGAAUGCGGAAAUUUUGGGCAUGAUUCUAGGAAGUGCCCUACUAACAGUUAUCUCCAUGCGUCUGGAAGACAAAAGUGCACACCCUCCCCUCCUCCUGUUACUCCGAGAAAGAGAAGAUCCCGUCCAGGAAGGUCGAGAGCUAGAAGAGCUAAAUCGAUCAGAAAUGGUGAUUCUCUUAUGACCUUAGAAGAUGGUGAAAUUCCAACCAAAGGCUGCGACCCGCCAGAGGUUAACGACCCAGCUUUAGCUCAGGCGAAGGUUGUGGAGGUUGGAAAAUCUAAGGAGGAUGCUCCGAAGAAUCUGAUUGAUGUGGAAACUGGAUGCUCUGUCACUAAGAAUUUAGUGCAUCCUUCGAAGGAGCUGAGAGAUGAUGUUGUUUGUCCAAAGUUCGAACAGGGCAAUAAUGUCAAGACUCGGAUAGAACCCAAUGGAGGGAAAGGACAGAAGAGGGUUCUUUCUAUUGAUAAGGUUGCACCUGUGAUUGGGGAUCAGGAUGCUUUGCAGCAGGAUGCAGCUUUUGGCUCGAAUGGUGAGAGUGAUGAGGCUCCGUUCUUCUUGGUUUCCUACAAGAAGAGUGGCCGUAAGGCCACAAAAAAAACACUAAUCAAUACCAUCAUGUUUUUUACGUGGAAUAUUAGAGGGCUUAACAAUGCAAGAUGCCACACUAUGACCAAUGAUUGGAUUAAUAUCCAUAGGCCACUUUUUGGAGCGUUCACUGAAACGCAUAUUAAUCGAAUAAAUGCUGGGAGAAUUAGCAGGGCAAUUCCAGUAGGUUGGAACUUUUUGGGGAAUUUUGAUCAUCAUGAAACGGCAAGAUUAGUUGUCGUCUGGGAUCCAUCGGUUUCGGUGGUUUUUUACCAAGUAUCUGCUCAGGCAAUGACUUGUGGUUUUUUCAUCCCUGCGGAUAAUACUAGUAUUACAGUUACCUUCGUUUACGGUUUCAGUCAGGUGGAGUCCAGAGUUCAGUUAUGGGAAGAGUUGGUUCACCUAAACGAUACUACGCCUGUCUCAAGAUGUCCAUGGGCAGUUGUUGGAGACUUCAACCAGAUCUUAAGACACACUCAGCACUCGAGUCACUUAGUUGACGAUGUGGACAUCUCAGGUAUGGAGGAUUUCAAUCUUGCGCUUCAAGGAGCUGACCUAUUUGAAGCACAAUCCAAGGGACUCACCUUCUCUUGGUGGAACAACCAAGAUGGCAAUCCCAUAUCGAAGAAAAUUGACCAUGCUCUUAUCAAUCAAGCAUGGUCGAAUGCUUUUCCAGAUUCUUAUUCGGAUUUCUUGGAUCCUGAUCAGUCAGAUCACGCCGUUUGCCUCUUUCGGUUCAAGCUAGUCAGAGCUCUAAAAGGUCUUAAGCCAGUGCUGCGGAAUUUGAAUAAGAGGUAUUACAGUGGUAUCACAGCUCGGGUCAAGGAGCAAUCCAAAAAAUUGGCUGCUCUUCAACGACAGCUUCUUACUAGUCCGUCUGCGGAUGUUGCAAGGGAGGAGCAUGCAGAAAGGGAAAAGUGGAAAACACUCAAAACGGCGGAGGAGAAGUACUUUUACCAGAGAUCGCGUGUAAAAUGGCUAGAUUUGGGGGAUCGGAACACAGCAUUUUUUCACCGAAUUGUUGCGCAGAGAGUAACCAGGAACCAUAUUCAUUUCCUUAAAGACAACAGUGAUAGGAUGCUCACUUCCGCUAUGGACAUAAAGUCACAUUCUGCAGAGUACUUCCAGGGUAUUCUGGGUAAUACCGACUUGUCUGAGUCUCCAGUAACAGUUACGCAGUUGCAGGCUCUCCUUCCAUUCAGGUGUUCAGACAGUCAGGUCCUCAACUUGCAGAAGGUUACUACCGCUGAGGAAAUUAGAGAUACCCUUUUCGCUUUGCCAUUGAGUAAAAGUCCUGGUCCUGAUGGCUACUUCGUUGAGUUCUUUAGGGCUUCUUGGGCUACAGUUGGUAAAGAUGUGAUCGCUUCUGUAUCUGAAUUCUUCCGCAACCGCAGACUACUGAGAGAUAUCAACAACACAGCUAUCUCCCUCAUUCCUAAGAACCCAGAGGGAUGCAAGCUAAGUGAGUACAGGCCAAUUAGUUGCUGCAACACUACUUACAAAGUUAUUGCCAAGCUCAUUGCAAAUCGAUUAAAACCUGUUCUCGAUGAUUGCAUAAGCUCAAACCAGGCGGCUUUUUUGAAAGGAAGGAGUCUGGGAGAAAAUGUCUUGCUUGUCUCGGAGUUGAUCCGUAACUAUCAGAAAAGCUCAUGCCCCAACAGCUGUAUGCUGAAGGUGUACUUACGCAAGGAUUUUGACACGGUCUGCUGGGAUUUCAUUCUCAAGGUCCUGGAAGCUCAGGGCAAGAAGGGACUGCGUCAGGGAGAUGCGAUGUCACCAUACUUAUUCAUCAUGGUGAUGGAGGUCUUAUCCAAGCUGCUUGAGAAUGCAGUCGAUAAUGACUUGGUGAGACUCCACCCUCAGUGUGAAAACCCUCGUAUUACUCAUCUCCUGUUUGCUGAUGACCUAUUAGUGUUCUCGGAUGGAUCUAAACACUCGCUUGAUGGCAUCAAGCAGGUCAUGCUAGAGUUUAAGGAAAUUUGUGGGCUUGACAUGAAUGUGGACAAAACAGAAAUUUUCUUUGGAGGCUAUGGGGAUGCUGAAGCUGCGGAUUUAAGUGCUUACUCGGGCAUUAAAAUUGGCACCUUCCCCACUCGUUAUCUGGGUUAA